AUGACCAACAGUGUCGACCAAAACUUGACCAUCAUCAUUGGUGCAGGCAUAGUCGGAUCAUCGCUAGCCUGUUUUCUUUCUGAAUCGACUCCUCAAACCAAUAUCCUCGUCCUCGAUCGUUCUCUCAGCACCAUCGCUGGCUCAACUGGCUAUGCUCCAGGCUUCAUCGGUCAAUACAAUCAAAAGUCAUCAUUGACUAAACUCGCCAUCGAGUCAGUCAAAGAAUAUACGAAGCUCGCCACUGGAUUUACUCGUAACGGAGGCUUGGAAUUAGCAUCUACGGAUGCAGGGAUCAAAAUGUUGAAUUCAAGAUUGGAGGCAUGCGAGAAAACAGGGCUUCCGGCACGACUGUUUGAUGGAGAGGAUAUCAAAGCCUUUGGUCUUCCGAUAGCUGAUGCACUUACAAAGACAAAAGCGUUGUUCUUUCCUGAUGAUGGUGUUGCAGAGCCUAGAGUGCUGUGCUCGGCAUACCGCGACAUAGCAGCGAAGAAUGGCGUAAGUUUCAAAGAAGCAUCUGUCUCUGAGAUCUCAGUAGAAGACAACACCAUCACAGGAGUCAUCCUCGAAAGUGGAGAAUUUCUUGCAUGCCAGAAGCUCGUUUUAGCAACCGGUAUUUGGACAGCUUCACUGCUUAAAAAAUCGUCUGCCAUACCUUUCGCGCCUGUGGUGCCUGUUAGUCAUCCUUACGUCUACGCAAAAGACAGACAGUACGAUAUACCGCCCACACCGUUCAUGAGAUGGCCUGAAUCGCACGUCUACUCGCGAGACCACGGGUCACGAUAUGGCGUCGGAACCUAUGACCACCCACCUCAAAAGGUCUCUUCUUUAAGAGACACUGCCACUGUGCCUUGGUCAAACGAGAUAUUCAACCCUGCCAUGACACGAGCGAUCUCUGGCAGAUUUACGCCCGAAGCAGGGUUUAGCAAAGAAGCUCCUUUUGGCGCGGAAAGAAUCGGGGGAGUGUUCUCAGUCACACCUGACAACUUGCCUUUGCUUGGUCCUGUUGCUGGGAUUGAUGGGUUGUGGAUGGCAGUUGCCAUAUGGGUGACUCAUGCCGCUGGCUGUGCACGACUACUUAAGGAUAUGAUGUUAGGAGAGGCUUAUGAUGAGGAGAUUGGGAGGGAAUUGGAUCCUGCGAGGUUUGCUGGAGGAGAUGCUGAUGAGCUCGAGCGAACUGCGCUCAAGCAGUAUAGUGAUAUCUAUAACACAGAUCACUGA